GUGUUACGUGGCUUCGGGUUUUGGAUAACGCGAUGGAAGGAAGAAAGGAAGGGAAAAACCAGAAGCGAAGCUCAAAACCCAGAAAUGGCGACUAUGUUCAAUAUUAUUGCAAUUACAUCACCAUCUCUGCGAAAUUUUGGUUCCCUUUCUUCUUCUUCUUCAUCUUCAGCUCCCAUGCACACCCGUGUAGUUCACACGAAGCCACUUCAGUGUGCCCCUAUUCAGCAACAAAUGGUUGAUGGCACCAUAAUGUGUGAGCCUUGCAAUGGGAAAGGGUGGUUGUUAUGUGACUUCUGCAAAGGCCAAAAGACAAAUGUCAGAGCCGAAAACAAGCGCCUCUACCGUAGAUGCCCUACCUGCAGAGCUGUUGGAUAUAUCUUGUGCUCAAGGUGCAAGGUCUUUAAGUGUGUCACUUUUCCAAACUUCGAUGACAGCGAGGAAUGAAAUGAUUUGGGGACUUACUUUGAGAGCAUUCAAUUCCAACUACUUGUUGGAGAGUUAAAGGAAUAGAAGGUUGAAUCUUUCUUUGACAUUUCUCAUGAUUGUGUCUGAAUAUGAUAUGAUUGAAAAUGCAAUUUUCAUUUCUUUUCA